AUGGACUCUGGUCAAUUAGAAAAUGUUGAAAAAACUUUUGAUAUUGAUUCAUUAAGUAGUGAAGAUGGCUGGGCUAAGUAUAGAGAGUUGUUGACGGUUAUUGAAGAAAUGUCUGGAUCAAUCCGACCAAUUUAUACAGGUUGUAARAACUCUACUGAAAGGUUGAAAAAGUCAAUUCAUAAAGCUAAAGCUUUAGUAAGCGAAUGUUUAAAAGAAGUUGAAAAAGUAUCUAGACAACUUUAAGUAUCAUAUAUAAUUUUUUAGAGAAAUUCCAUAAAUAAUCUAAUAGUUUAAAACAAUUAAUGGUUUUUUAUUGUUAUCUGAAGAAAGUAGAAAAUAAAAAAAAAUUAGU